UCAUUGCGCACAUCUCUUCACCUGCAUUUUCACCAUGCCUCCACAAAGAUGGCUAGACUUCCUCUCUGAAUACCCCGACGUGUUAAGAUGGCGAGGAUCGGUGUGGCCUUCUAUCCUACCCAGCGUGUUAACAAUGGGCCUAUUUGCCACCUUGAUCGCCGUAUUAUACCUCCAUUUCGGUUUCACCAAGCUAUCAUUACCAAACGCAGUGAUCCCGUCAUUGUCUGUGGUACUUGGUCUGUUGCUGGCAUUUCGAGCUAACACCUCGUAUGCGCGAUUUUAUGAAGGAAGACAAAUAUGGGAACAGAUCACCAGUAAUUCUCGAAAUCUGGCAAGGUUGGUGUGGUGCGCCAUCCCAGAGCGAACGCAGAGUGAGCAUCUGGAGAAAAUGCGCUGUAUGAAACUGUUGCUGGCUUUUGCAGUCGCUACCAAACAUCAUAUCAGAAAGGAAAUGGGCUGCAAUUAUUAUGACUUGGAUCAUUUGUUGCCGCCAAACUGGAUACCUGCUGCCGCCAACGACAAAACACAAUACCCACAAGCGGCAGAAGAUACGUCUCAGUCUCCAGCCGCUGCUCUAUUUGCCAGCACCGAAACCACUUCGCAAGGCCCGCUGGCAAACCAAACCGGCGAUAACCCUGACGAUCCAGCCACUGGACACCGCCCUGUCCUAUUUCGCAAAUUCGUCAGCGAUGAAGAUUUGCCUGACGAGGCCGAUGCAGAUAUGUCGUUGCCUUUGGAAAUCGUGUUUCGUAUAGGUCUUUACAUUGCUCAAAUGAAAAAUACCAACAGGAUUGAUGGAAACAUUGUCGGCACCAUUACCACGCAUCUCAAUAACUUGAUUGAUUGUUUGGGAAGUUUAGAACGCAUUGUAAACACUCCUAUUCCUCGAGCAUACAACAUUCAUCUAAAACAAGGCUUAGCACUGUACCUACUGGCUGUCCCAUUUACGUUGAUAGCUGAUCUCAAGUGGUGGAUCAUUCCAACCGUAAUAUUAGUCUCUUUCACGCUGUUUGGUAUUGAAGGCAUUGGAGCCCAGAUAGAAAACCCAUUCAUGUAUUCCUCCAAUGAUCUUCCCCUGAAUCAAUUCUGUGACCAGCUUCGAAAGGAAAUAGAGUACAUUAUUUACCAUAUCCCCAGCGAGACUGAGAAUGUGUUGAUGCAUGGACGAUAAAUACAUCCCCCCUCACUCCAAUGUAAAGACACCCAGAUCCUCCGUUAUAUACAACUUGAAAUAUAUAUAUAUUUAUAUUACAUGAUACAUAUUAAUACAAGUACACCAAGUGUACGGGCUGUUACUUUUUGUUAUAAUUUAGUAUCUGCGACGGCGGGGUGUAAGAUCACCUGGUCGAGGACCGCAAGUAACCAAAAGUGCGUGGAUAACCUGUAGAGGGGAUCAAUGUUAAGAAAACAAUACCGGUGUAUUUGAUAUAGAGAGUAUUCAAAAGAACUUACACCAGGCAACCAACCCAGAAGAGUGAGAAGAAUGUUGAUGACGAGUGAGCAUCCACAACCUCGGACGAGGAAGACAGCGACGGGGGGAAGGAUGAAAGCGAGAAGGGUUUCGAUAACGACAGCGCAAGCAACUGAUUCGAGCACAGAUCAAUAAACUAUAUCAUCCAACUUUUUGCAAUGCGUUGAGGUGACUUACUAGCCAUAGUGUAUAAGAGAG